AUGCAUUUCAAGCUUGCCGAGAGAGGCGUAUAUGUCGACGAGGAAGAUCUGACGGAUGCCCCCCCUGAAGUCUUACAAUUCUUCCUCUCUUUGAAAGACAGAAAAAGCAACGAGACGGGUCGUCAGAGCAGGCGGUGGACCGAGGCAGGGUGUAGAACGCAACAGGAGGAGCUCAGCGAACUCAUCAGGUCGUUGACGGAAACGAUUGAGGAAUCAGCCGGCCAAGACCCAUCGCGGGAGCUGUGUGACGACGACAUGGAUUCAUCGGGCACGAUUUCAGACGUGCCAAUCGAGCAGCUGUAUGACGAAGCCAUGGAGUGCCUGUCAGAGGGCAAUUCACAGUAUAACGAGAGUUGGAUCCUCUUGCCGCCAUCUGCAGCCACCAGUGAGGAGGCGCAGGGCGAACACCUGGAUACAUCCAGCGCGUUGUUUUCAGACACAUUAAACGAACAGACGCAUGACGAAGGCAUGGCCUUGCUGGAUUUUUUGAUUCGGGAUAUCGAUUUGCAGGGUGACAGGAAGUUCCCCUUGACGCCACCUGCGACUCCGAUCGAGGAGCCGCGUGACGAGGACCAGGAUUCAUCCGGCACGUUGUUUUCAGACGCGUCCACCGAACAGUCGCAUGACGAGGGCAUGGAGUCUAUGGAUUCGCUGACUUUGUUGUUUUCGGGAAUCAAUUUGCAGCACGAUGAAGGCAGUGGGAUAACGGCCCUGUCCCCUCCCCCAAACCGAAGAAAUUGGACUACCCGAUGA